AAUGAGGCGAGCGCGGGGCCUAGGGCCAGGCCUCUGUGCGUGUGUUAAGCCCCCCUACGCCUGUCUUUAGAGCCACCACCUACUUUGUGACCAUGAUAGUGUUUGUUAGGUUCAACUCCAGCCAUGGUUUCCCAGUGGAGGUCGAUUCAGACACCAGCAUCUUCCAGCUCAAGGAGGUGGUUGCUAAGCGACAGGGGGUUCCAGCUGACCAGUUGCAUGUGAUUUUUGCAGGGAAGGAGCUUAGGAAUGACUUGACACUGCAGAACUGUGACCUGGAGCAGCAGAGCAUGGUUCAUGUUAUACAACGGGUCCAGAGAAAUAGCCAGAAAGGCUAUGAGACUGACCAGAACAAUCCUGGACCCUCUAGAAAGGGGCCAGGUAGAGAACCUGAGAGCUUAACCAGAGUGGACCUCAGUAGCAGCAUCCUUCCUGCUUACUCCAUAGGUCUAGCUGUAAUUCUGGAUAAUGAGGACAAAGACUCAUCUCAUAAAGCUGGAGAUUCAGAUAUACCUACUUAUAACAGCUUCUAUGUUUUCUGCAAAGGAGUCUGUCAGAGUAUUCAGCCAGGAAAACUCAGGGUACGGUGCAGCACCUGUAAACAGGCAACCCUGACCUUGGACCAGGGUCCAUCAUGCUGGGAUGAUGUCCUGAUUUCAGACAGAAUGAGUGGCAUUUGUCAUUCUCCAGAUUGCGAUGGAAUUGGAGCAGAGUUCUACUUUAAAUGUGGUGCACACCCAACCUCUGCCAAUGAGACAUCAGUGGCUCUGAACCUUAUUACAACAAACAGUCGUGGUAUCAGCUGUAUCACAUGUACUGAUGUCAGAAAUCCUGUGUUGGUGUUCCAGUGUAUCCACCGCCACGUAAUUUGCUUAGACUGCUUCCAUUUAUACUGCAUAACAAGAUUGAAUGAUCGACAAUUCAUUCAUGAUCCAAUGCUUGGUUAUUCCCUUCCUUGUGUGGCUGGCUGUCCAGACUCCUUGAUUAAAGAGCUUCAUCACUUCAGAAUUCUUGGGGAAGAACAGUACAAUCGAUAUCAAAGCUAUGGAGCUGAGGAAUGGGUCCUGCAAAUGGGAGGGGUACUGUGCCCCAGUCCAGGGUGUGGAGCAGGUCUACUCCCUGAACCAGGAGUGAGGAAAAUCACAUGUGAGCCAAGCAGUGGCCUGGGCUGUGGGUUUGUCUUCUGCCGUGAUUGUAAAGAAGAGUACCAUGAAGGGGAAUGCAGCACCUUCUUUGAAGCCUCAGGAUCAUCAGCCCAGGCCUUUGCUGUGGAUGAACAAGCUGCAGAGAGGGCAAGAUGGGAGGAGGCCUCCAAAGAAACAAUCAAGAAAACAACCAAACCUUGUCCCCGUUGCCAUAUACCAGUGGAAAAAAAUGGAGGAUGCAUGCACAUGAAAUGUCCUCAGCCUCAAUGCAAGUUUGAGUGGUGCUGGAACUGCAGCCUAGAAUGGAACCGAACCUGCAUGGGAGACCACUGGUUUGACGUAUAGCUCAGUCACAAAAAAGCAGGGACAAGUUUUACUGACUACCCUCAUGUAACUGGCAACUCAUUUGGCCCACCGACUUCUUAUCAUAUUCUUCCUUUUCAAAUGAACAAAAAGAAUAUUAUAUUCAUUACUCUUUUUCUAAAAUUCUGAGACAAAUUAUGGUAGAAAAUCAUUUUUAGAUCCCUUUUAAACACUCUUUUAGAGUCCCCUGAAUUGGAACAUGGCUAAAUGUAAGACAAUUAAAUAUUGUUUACAAACCCUUGUGAUGCACAGAUACAAGAAGGUAGAUCCCAAGUGGAAUUUAUGAAUUAACUGUGGAUUACUUGCUUUUUAUGAAUUUAAGACAGACUUGAAUUACCAUAUGAAUGCAGUUCUCUCAGGUUUUAUUUUGUAUACUUGAUUUGUAGUUUUUAAAAUAUUAAUGUUAAAAUGAGUCACUGGAAUAAUUUGAAGAGAUUUUUUGUGGUUCUUUGUCAGUGGGUCUGUUUUAAAUUAAGUGGUUAAUUUUUUUUUUUUUGAAAGUGUGGUCACAGCUUCAAUACUAACAAACACCUCCAUUUAAAUUUUAGCAAUACCAUAGACAGAAAUCAAAAUUUAUUGGGGAAAAUUUUUACUUGCUUUCAAGAAUAAAACCAAUUAAUAAUCUUAAAUUACAUUUGUGAGAGUGUACCUAACCAUAAUUUGCCAUGUCAAAUGAAUGAGAAAUUGAAAGGGCUCAUUUGAAUUUUGAAAUGUUUAAACUAAGGGAAUUAAUUGAAACCUAAUAUGUUCCUAUAGCAUUUUAUUAAUUUCCAUGUUUAAAAUUUUUUUCUUGAGUUUUUUUUUUUAAGAGUGUCAAACUUUGAAAAAAAAAACAGGCAUUUCUGAUUUGGGGACUUUUCUAACAGUUUGGAUCCAUUGUGAGGUUUAAUAGAGAAACUAGUAGUGAUGCUCAAUGUUAAUUUAAAAAAAACAGGGUAUUAAACCAGAAUAUUUAUAAAUAUUUGUAUUUCUGGUCCUACAUGUAAUUUACACCUGAAUUUCUAUUGGGAAAGAUUUGUAAUAAAGGGAAAUAAUGUGUUCCUAAUAUGUAAGCUUAGGACCUCUCCUAAUACCCUAUUAGUUUGGAGAACUAUUGUUAAAUGGGCACAGCUCAAGCAUCCAGUGGUAUUGAUAUUUUUCAGGGAAAUUUGUUUUAAAGAUGCAGUACCCUAAAAAAACAAGUCAGCACAUUUAAAAUAUGAUCUGAUGACAUUGUUGGGGUCUUAGUAGAUGUUUUGAAGCCCUUUUGGUACAGCAGUAGUAGUCAAGAAAUGUAUAAAGAUACGUUUGUUAAUGCUUGUUGAUAUCUGCUAAAUUCAUAAUAAAAAGGGAAAAAAAUUAAAAUAAUAGUUUUUAGGAAAGCAAUAGUUUUAGUAAUAGUUAUAGUUUUACUUUUUUAAAAUAAUUUUCAAGUAAGAAAGAAUAAUUCUUUCAACAGAGUUCUUAAGUGAAAAAGUGUUACUCUCCUGAAUAGCUACUGUCUUUAGAUGAGUCAUUUGAUUUUAUUCUCUGGGAGAACAUUAAAGCAAUUGGUGAUAUCAUAAGUUUCAUCAGCACAUGAAUCUAUUAAUGAUAUUUUUAGUGUUCCUAGUAACUUAAAUCUAUAGUAUAGCCUUUGUUUUAAUACUUUAAAUUUUUUUUGUUUUAGUCAAAUAUAUUUUAAUCCAUUCACUUGUUAGAAGAAAAAUUAGCUUUAGGUUAGAUCCAGGGGCAUCCUACCAUCCUACUUCUGGUCCCUCCUAAAUGUGUCAGCUUCUUUUCCUAUUUCCUCCUAACUCUUAUCUUGCAUUGCCUUUCAUCUCUAGGUAUACUGCAGACAGUACAGGACAAAGAUAGUAACAUAGUCACAGUAUAAGAUCAGAGAUGCCUUGACCACCUUCUAUGGGCCUUGCACUUACAAUAAAAACCACUGGGAACUCACUUUAUGACCUUGAGGCUACCAAACCUGCAAUUCUGUUCUCUGAUCAGGAAGAUGGGAAACUCUAAUGAAAUAUCCCAAAAAGAAAUAGGGGUGUCAGCAAAAUAACUUCCUACAGAUCAUGAGUCAAUAAUCUCCCACUGAGGGGAUUCAGAAAUCCCCUCACUGUCAUGAAGCCCAAUUAAGACUUCCUGGGUAAAAAUGGAAGUUAAGUGAUAACCAACCUCCUACAACCAGCAGCCCCUGUCUGGUAACCUCAUAUUAAUGCAGCUGUGGCAAGUUCAAAGGCAAGUUCGUCUCAUUCAGUCAUUGAACUUAAUGUAGUCUCCUCUGUUGUCUGGUGAUCUUUUUUUUCCCUUGGUUAUUAAUGGCCAUUUGCUUCCAAAUGUGUGAUGUUUGGGGUUAGGAGAUUUCAAUAGAGAUUGCUUACACAAGGUUUCAUUACAUCUGUUUUGUUUUAUGAUAUGAUUAUAUAAUAUGAUAUUAGUAUCUGCUUUUUUCUUGAUGAUAGGUAUUUUUUGUUUCAGAAAAGAAAAAUUUUAAUCAUUAUGAGUGUGGGGGGGAACCCCACCAAUGAAUGUAUUAUGUAAUUAUCAUCACAUUGCAUCAAGAAUAAACAUAAAACAUGUCUGAGUUCUCAGCAUAUCACAAAGGACAGAAACAAAAGUUCCUUACAAAAGUUUCUUUGUUUUCUAAACAACACCUAAAUUUGUCCUUCAUUGCACCAGUGAAAACCAUCAACAGCAUGCUUGUAACUUUGUUUGAAGAAGUAUUUUCAAUAAAUGGUGAAAAUGUUGUUGUGGAAA